UUCCGCUUCCUCGGUCCGAGUUCCCUUGUGGCGUGUUUUUUGUGUCACGAGAGCGCAGCGCCAAACAGCCACGUUUUGCUAACGCUCCGCGUGCGUUCGUCCUACUACAGAAUCAGAGAGACGUUGAAGUCGGACGUCUAUGACAUGUCGAACGGUUACGAAGAUCACAUGGCCGAUGAGGCUAAAGAUGCCCAAACCAACCUCAUCAUCAACUACUUGCCUCAGAAUAUGAGCCAAGAUGAGCUGCGGAGUCUCUUCAGCAGCAUUGGGGAGGUGGAGUCUGCUAAACUUAUUCGGGACAAAGUAGCAGGCCACAGUUUAGGGUACGGAUUUGUUAACUAUCUUAACCCUAGUGAUGCAGAAAGAGCAAUCAGUACUCUCAAUGGACUGAGACUACAGUCUAAAACUAUCAAGGUGUCAUAUGCCAGGCCAAGCUCUGACACCAUAAAGGAUGCCAACCUUUACAUCAGCGGGCUGCCUAAAACGAUGACGCAGAAGGACAUUGAAGAAAUGUUUGGUCGUUACGGCAGAAUAAUCAACUCCCGUGUCCUUGUCGACCAAGGGUCAGGACUCUCCCGUGGUGUGGCUUUCAUUCGAUUUGACAAGAGAGCAGAGGCAGAGGAUGCAAUUAAGGACUUGAACGGGCAGAAGCCACCAGGCGCUGUAGAGGCAAUCACUGUAAAGUUUGCUGCCACUCCCAACCAAGCGAAAAACUCGCAAAUUAUUCCACCGAUUUACCACACACAGCCUCGCCGCUUUGGGGGGCCCGUCCACCACCAGGCCCAGAGAUUCAGGUUCUCUCCAAUGAGUGUGGACCACAUGAGUGGCAUGUCUGGUGUUAACAUGCCUGGGAACUCCUCAUCAGGCUGGUGUAUUUUUGUCUACAACCUGGGCCAGGAUGCAGAUGAAGGCAUCCUGUGGCAGAUGUUUGGGCCCUUCGGCGCCGUCACAAAUGUCAAAGUGAUCCGCGACUUCAACACCAACAAGUGCAAAGGAUUUGGGUUUGUUACCAUGACAAACUAUGAAGAGGCAGCCAUGGCUAUCGCCAGCCUCAACGGCUACCGCCUCGGGGACAAGAUUUUACAAGUGUCGUUCAAAACGAGCAAGUCGCACAAGUAGAAAGCAGGGUUGCUAGGAAAAUGAAGGAGAGGGGUGUUGUCUGUGCAGUUUUGAAAAAGAAAACGUAUUUUUAGUGUAAUCAAGUCUUCGCAAAUGUUCAUGUUUAGACAUCUCGUUUUUGUUUCUUUUAAGAUUCAAGCUGUUGGAUGCUUCAAAUGCAAGUGUUUUAGGCGUUCUGGUUUAUCCCAAUAUUUGACCAAUUUCGCAUUUGAUAAAAAUUUUUGUCUCUGAUGUUAGCCUGAUAUUGUCGCUAUGUGCCAUAUGUGGUCGGACAACUCAUUCACCUGAUGCUGGAUUUAAAACUCAGAUUUUUUUUGUCUUUUUGUCAGUAUCUUCAUCCUACAUAGUUCUUCAGUAUUUACGAUGCCUUAAUUUGAUGUCAUUUUUCUCUUUGCCCUCAAUAAUGUAGCACUUUUUGCUUUUGCAGGAAGCUCAUGAUCCAUCUCUCAACAGUUAAUUUGUUUAUUGAAAUCUGAGUUUUAAAUGCAGCAUGCUGAGGUAAUGAUAAAGAAAGCAGAGUGUCUAUAAAUAGCCUGUGUUCAGUGAGGGGAAAAUCUUUAACUGACUUGUUAACUUUUUGUAAGGGACCCUCUGAAUAGACUGAGAAAUAAGAAGGACCAAAGACAUAUAUGGAAGGUUUAGUUUCCCCCAGCCAGAGGUGCAGGUCGCACACCCCUAAGCAUAUUCCAAAAAGAUUUGGACAACUGAAUACUAGGUACUGAGAAUUUAUGUAAAAAAUGUAAUCACAUUUGAGCAUCCGCAUCCUGUGUUUAUGGUUUGCGUUUUCUUUUUUUUGUUUCUCUAGGCUUAAACAUACUUUAAGUUUAGUUUGGUUAUUUGAAAAUAGAUAUCCAGUACUAAUGCAUAUGCUUUUUAAGACUGCCUUGUGAUAUUUGUGUUUUGUUCUUUUCUUUUUUGCUUUUGUGUUUCCUUUGAAAUCUUUUUUGUUUCACAUGGCAUUUACAAUCAUUAAAUUUUAUUUUGUUUUGCUCCA